AUGGCACUUGCCAGCACCAGUGUCCUCACCAUAGAACGACCUCCCCAGAAUGGCUGCCACCAGUGUCUGUGUCCCCAGGAUACGUUCUUUUUAGCUUCCAUAAGUCAUCUUCCUAUGAGUGAGCAAAUAGUCAUUGGAAGACUUGAUGAAGAUGUAAUUCUCCCUUGCUCAUUUGAGAGUGGGCCCGAUGUUGUAGUUCACUGGAAGAAUCAAGAUAACUAUGUUUACUCAUACUACAAAAACAGUGACCAGUUGGAAAAGCAAGAUCCCAGAUAUGUAAAUAGGACAUCCCUCUUCCUUGAUGAAAUUCACAAUGGGAAUGCCUCCCUAUCUUUCAAAAGAUUAAAGCUUCAGGAUGAAGGAACUUACAUAUGCUACGUGGGAACAUCACUUGGAAAAAUCAUAAACAAAGUGGUACUAAAAGUGGGAGCUUUUGUCACACCUGUGAUGAAGUAUGAAAAGAACACCACAAACAGCUUCUUAACAUGCAAUGUGUUAAGUGUUUAUCCUUAUCCAAUUAUCACAUGGGAAGUGGAUAAUACACCAAUCUCUGAAAACAAUAAGGAAGAAAUCGGAUCUUUGGGUCCUUUUUAUAUUAACAGUAGAGUAAAUAUUACAGGAUCAAAUUCAUCUUAUCAAUGUGCUAUUGAAAACACAUUGCUGAAGCAAACAUGGACAGGGAGAUGGACAAUGAAAGAUGGCCUUCGUAAAAAUGAAAGGGAAAACGUUUCACUCUCGUGUAAACCUGAAAACAGUUUUUUCCUACCAAAUGAAGAUUUCAGGGUCACUUGGUCCAGGGUGGACAGUGGGAAUUCUUUGGUCCUGGCUCACUUUCUGAACUCCUCACAAGAAACAAUUAUCAAUGAACCCCUACUUUCACGGAACAAAAUUCUGAUAAGCCUGCAUGACUUCUCUUUGACUUUGAAGGAUCUUCGUCUUUCAGACAGUGGAGAAUACCUGUGCAACAUUUCUUCAAGCAAAUAUACUUUACUCACCAUCCAAACACUGUAUGUAGCUUAUAGACUUUUUGUUGAAGCAAGUCAAGGAACAGUUGUCGGAAUAAUUUCAACAUUGGUGGCAGUCAUGGUGGCAAUUUUGUUAACUCUAGCUGUUAAAUCAAGAAUACGCAUGUCUUCCUACACAGUGGGGCAUCCAUCUACUGAUCAGAGAUCUAGCCAUGACGGUACUGUAGAAGAAAACGUGGCUCUUUCAGAAUAUUCAUUCAGUAAAGGAAGUGAAGACAGGAAUUGACAACACAGCACAAACAUCCUUAAUAUCCAGUGAUCUCACCUCCCCUUUCUUCACUGCGAUUCCAGCAAUGGCUUGUCAUGACCCAACAAUUCUGCCAUUGCAAAGACUUGUGAUAGUGGAAAGAGAAUAAUUACCUUCUUUCUCACGCCCUAAGAAUCAUUCAUUGACCCCCCUACAUGCAUCAAGAUUAUAAAUGCCUGGAUGCCAAGGGUUCCAGUUCA